GGUCUAUCACCAGGCUCUAAUGGCAGGUCUCAGAGGGGCAGCAAAAUGCCCCACCAAUUUGACUAAGGUGAGAGAGAUAACUCAGGGGUCCGAUGAGUCGCCGUCAGCAUUUCUAGAAAGACUCAUGGAGGCAUUCCGUCGGUUUACCCCAUAUGACCCUGGUAGUGAAAAGCAUAAGGCUACAGUGACGGUUGCCUUUAUUGAUCAGUUUAGCAGGGACAUCAGAAAGAAGCUGCAGAAGCUCGAAGGGUUGCAAGAUAAGUCAUUAAGAGAAUUAGUGCAGGUGGCUGAAAAGGUUUAUCAUAACAGAGAGUCAGAAGAAGCUAAAGAAAUAAAGAGAGAAAAGCGCCAAGAGAAAAAUUUUCACAGACUUCUGGCCACUGUAGUUAGGGAAACCAGAGAGCCUAAUAAUAUGGUGCCAAGCAAUAAGAAGGGACCCCUGGCAAAGGAUCAAUGUGCUUGCUGUAGGGAGAGGGGACACUGGGUGCGAAACUGCCCUAAGAAAAAGAAAGAACCUCAAGCCCCCAAAGUCUCGACCUUGCAGGAAGACAGUGAUUACGGGAGACAAGGUUUGGGUCCCCUCCCCGAACCCAGGGUAACUCUUGAAGUGGAGGGGAAGCCUAUUCAGUUCGUGGUAGACACAGGAGCCGAAAAUUCAGUAUUGUUACAAGCAAAGGGACCUCUUCUCAAGAAAAAGUCGUGGGUACAAGGGGCUACAGGGUACAAACAGUACUCCUGGACUACCCGAAGAACAGUGGACCUAGGCGUGGGCCGGGUAUCCCACUCGUUCAUAGUCAUUCCUGAGUGCCCCUACCCACUGCUGGGAAGAGAUCUCCUCACCAAAAUGGGUGCACAAAUUCAUUUUGACCCCAAGGGACCUCGGGUGCUAGAUCAGCAAGGGAAGCCUCUCCAGGUAUUAACCCUCAGGUUAGAAUAUGAAUACCAAUUGUUUGAAAAGUGUGGGCAGCAGACUGGGCAGAUGGACUGGUGUUUAGAAAACUACCCCCAGGCAUGGGCAAAAACAGCAGGAAUAGGAAAAGCUAAGAACCUGCCCCCCAUCCACGUAGAAUUAAAAGCUCAAGCCAGCCCUAUAGCUGUCCACCAGUACCCAAUGACCAGAGAAGCACACGAGGGCAUCCAACCCCACAUUGCCCACUUGCUCCAGCUGGGAAUCCUACGGAAGUGCCAAUCAGCGUGGAACUCGCCCUUGCUGCCAGUUCAGAAGCCUGGGACUAAUGACUAUCGACCAGUCCAAGACCUCUGAGAGAGUCAGGAUUACUUUGCCUUUGAGUGGAAAGAUCCAGAGACUGGCCUAGCAGGACAACUCACCUGGACCCGCCUGCCUCAAGGGUUCAAA